AUGCCGGACCUUAAGGACCCAAGCAUGGCAAACCUGAUCAAGUUUAAGAAGGACAAGGAGAUUGUGGCGGAGUACGAGAGCCAGGUGAAAGAGAUCCGCACUCAGCUGGUGGAGCAGCUGAAGGUUCUAGAACAACAGACGGACAUGCGCGUGCAGCUGCUGCAGGACCUGCAGGACUUCUUCCGGAAGAAGUCGGAGAUCGAGAGCGAGUACUCGCGCAACCUGGAGAAGCUGGCCGAGCGCUUCAUGGCCAAGACGCGCAGCACCAAGGACCACCAGCAGUACAAGAAAGACCAGAACCUUCUGUCUCCCGUGAACUGCUGGUACCUGCUGCUGAACGAGGUUCGCCGAGAGAGCAAAGACCACGCUACACUCAGCGACCUCUACCUCAACAACGUCAUCACACGCUUCGCACACAUCAGCGAGGACACCACACGCCUGCUUAAGAAGAGUAAAGAGAUCAUCUUCCAGCUGCAAGAGGACAUGAUGAAGGUUCUUAAUGAACUCUAUACGGUCAUGAAGACGUAUCACCUUUACAACAGCGAAACCCUGAGUGCGGAGACUAAGCUGCGCGAGGCGGAGCGUCAGGGCGAGAGGGGGGGCCGCGGGGGCGAGGCCGUCUUCGGACUCCGCACGGAGGACCGACACCAGAGACGCAACAACGCACGCAAGAUACAGAAGAUGAAGGAGAAGAGGCAGGCCAAGUACUCGGAGAACAAGCUGAAGGUGAUGAAGGCACGUAAUGAAUACCUGCUGACUCUGGAGGCCACCAACGCCUCGCUCUUCAAAUACUACGUACACGACCUGUCCCACCUCAUAGAUAGCUGUGACCUGGGCUACCAUGCGGGUCUGAGCCGUGCCCUGCGUACCUACCUGUCUGCGGAGUACGGGGUGGAGACGGCGCGUCACGAGGGCCUGGACAUCCUGGAGGGGGCAGUAGAGAGCCUGGACCCCCGCAGCGACCGCCAGCGCUUCAUGGAGAUGCACCCAUCCGCCUUCACACCACCACCCAGGUUCUCCUUUCAACCACAUAUGGGAGAUCAGAUAAAUAAUCUGACGGCGUUGCCUCAGGUGCAGUCCGAACUUCUGCUGCGCUACACACAGCUGCAGUCUCGCCUAGCCACGCUCAAGAUCGAGAACGAAGAGGUGAAGAAGACAUGGGAAGCCACCCUGAACACCAUCUCGGACCUGGUGAGCCUUGAGGACUACGACGUGUCCGAGAGCUUCCAGAGGAGCCGCUCCACAGAGUCGGUCAAGUCCAGCGUGUCCGACACCUACCUGAGCAAGCCCAGCCUGGCCAAGCGGCGCGCCAACCAACAGGAGACAGAGCUCUUCUUCUUCAUGAAAUUGCGUGAGCACCUGGAGGGCAGCAACCUGAUCUCCAAACUGCAGGCCAAACACGAUCUGCUGAAGAAGAGCAUAGCAGAGGGUUAUAGAGGAGAUGUGAUGACCACAAAUCGGCGUCGUAACUCCCACAGCAGGCAGCAGGAGCAAGGCAAAGCCAUCCCCCUUAUCGUGGAGAGCUGCAUCAGAUACAUUAACCUGCACGGGCUACAGCACCAGGGCAUCUUCAGAGUGUCAGGAUCCCAAGUGGAGGUCAACGACAUCAAAAACUCAUUUGAGCGGGGAAACGACCCCUUGACAGAUGAGGAGAACAGCCCAGACAUCAACUCGGUGGCGGGGGUUCUAAAGCUGUAUUUCCGGAACCUGGAGAACCCUCUGAUACCUAAGGAACUCUUCAAUGACAUGAUCGGCACCGUGCGCAUCGAGAGCCUGUAUGACAGGGCCCUGAGCAUCCGCAAGCUCCUGACGACGGCCCCUCGUACCUCCAUGGUGCUGAUGAGAUACCUAUUCGCCUUCCUGAACCACCUGUCCCAGUACAGCGAUGAGAACAUGAUGGAGCCGGGUAACCUGGCCAUCUGCUUUGGCCCCACCCUGAUGCCCACUCCGGAGCUGCAGGACCAGGUGUCCUGCCAGGCGCACGUCAACGAGGUCAUCAAGACCAUCAUCAUCCACCACGAGACCAUCUUCCCCGACCGCAAGGAGCUCGACGGCCCGCUCUACGAGAAGUGCAUGAGCGCCACAGAGUAUUGUGAGAGUCCCUACAGUGAGUCUGGCGCGCUGGAGGAGGGAGAGCAAGAUGGAGGAACUGAGACUCAGACAAGUGAGGAUGAAGCGGAGUCGGUGGAGGCGGUGGCUAAGUUUGACUACUCUGGGCGCUCGGCGCGCGAGCUGUCUUUUAAGAAGGGCUCCAUCCUGCAGCUCUUCCAGAGGGCCUCAGACGACUGGUGGGAGGGCAGACACAACGGCAGCACAGGACUGAUACCGCACCAGUACAUCAUACUCAAGGGUGAUGGCGAGAGUGUGAAGGUGAAAUCCAGCAGCCCCUCCGAGAGCAGCAGGAGCCUCAGCUCCCCUACAGAGGGCAGAGCCACAGACUCCUUCAUUAGCAGGCACCGCAAGCGCACCGAGGCCCUUCUGCGCCGCGCCCCGGGCCGCCUCAGCGACAGCCACUGCCACGGCAACGGCAGCGUCCUGGAGCGCAGCUCGCCGCCGGUCACCGUCACCGUGACGGGCCACUUCAGCCCGCGCGAGCUGCUGCGCGGCAUCACGCACAGCACCCAGACGCUGUCCUCGCACUCCUCGCACUCGCUCGGGGGCCUCUCCUCCGUGUCCUCGGUGUCCUCCAUGUCCUCCACCCACUCCCACUCCCACUCCCACUCCACCACGCACUCGCCGGAGAGGCCCAGGGCCCGGGGAGGAGGCGGGGGCACGGCGGCGCUGGUGACCCGACACGAGUCACUGCGGAGGGACAGGGAGAGCCCGCCGGUCCACUCGCCCUCGCCCAGGGCCCGGACGCUGAACCCACACACCAUAGCACAGGAGAUUGAGGAGACGGUGGCUGCAGCCCUCAGUGGUCUCCGUGUGCUGGAGAGGCAGUCCGCUAGCAAGCAAGCCCCGGACCUGGUCCUGGACACACUGGAGCAGAAGAACGGACCGCCAGUGGCCCCCACCGGCUCCACCCCCUCCAGCCUCUCCAGCCCCUCCAGUUCGCCGAGCCCCAUGAGCCCCAUUGGCUCCUCCCUGCCGCCUUUACCUGGCCCCGCCUCCUCCCGUCGGAGCUCCGGCCUACCAGAGCCGCCCGUCACCUUUGAGCCGGUGACCUUCGACCGGGUGUCCAUAGGGCGUCCCCCGGCCAUCAGGCCCAAGCCCGCGGUCCUGCCCAAGAGCCACACCCCCUCCCAGCAGCCCUCUCCUACACAGCACCUGCCCCCCGACAAGUCCGGCACCAUGUAAGAGAAAUAAAGCAUCAUCAGAAAACCUGGACU